UCACCUAUAUUCUCCGCUCAUGAUUUCAGAACAUGACAAAUAGAACUGCAGUAAAGACACAUUAGAAUUAGCGAAGUAAUUAUAGCAUCGAAGAGGAUGAAGUGGAUGAAUUUGCUGUUUACGCGUGCUGGUACCAGAAGCGGGAUUCAUAUAUCAUGUGGGAUGCUCUUACUAAAUUAUUUAGUUGCGGGACAGCAGACAGGUUUGAAUGAAAAAAAGAAGACACCUGAAGAUCUUAUUUGCUACCAGAAAUACACAUUGAAAGAUAACUUUUGCAACUGUAGUUGGAAUGCUGGGGAGGAAUCAGAAGAUCCUACUUACACAUUGCAUUAUUGUGUUUACAGAGAUUAUACGGAAUGCCAAAAUUUUGAUGCAGGAAAGCAAACUCAUAUCACUUUGACUAAUGACGAUGUGCACAUGAGGGAAAACAUUUCUGUGGAAGUAACAGCUGAAGAACAUGGGCAGAACUAUACAUCUAAACCAAUUACUCUUAUUUUGGACAAAGCAGUUAAAUUGGACCCCCCCGACCACAAUAAAAUCACUAUUACUAGAGAAAGCAGCAAUAUAACAGUUUCUUGGAAAAGGAUUAAUCUCUUUCCCAUGUUAUUUAAUACUGCAAAAGAAGUGAGAUAUAAAGAACAUCCCCUGUAUCCGGAUCCAUUACCCUGCAAAACCAGUACUUCAACUACUUGCCAUCCAGGUCGUGAUGGCAUACCCGUUUGCAAAGAACACUGCAAAUUCAGUCUUGAUGGUCAUCAUGGUUACUACAUUCAGAUCCGACAAACAUAUGAAGAAGGUAUAUGGAGUGAAUGGAGUGAGUCAAUCUUUGUACCUGCAGAAAUUGGACCUGUCCAGAUAGAAAAACUAAAUACUGGAAGGUUAAACCUCGCCGGAUUGAGGACAAUCUCUUUAUUUUGGAAAACCAGGACCAAAGAAGAAGGAAAUAUGAAUUACCAUAUAACUGUUACCUCUCUCUCUUGCUCUGGCAUAUCUACACAUCAUUCUACAAUACAGAAUUGUUUUCAUGCAAACAUAUCUGGGGCAGCUUAUAAUGUUACUGUUAUAUCUUCUAAUGAAGCUCAAGCUGCUUCUCCAUGGUCUACAGUCAUUGAGGAAGACUGGGCAGUGAUACCCUUUCAAAAUGUAACUUUAUUUGGAAAUAAACUAACAGUGAACUGGAAGGGGAAGAAAGGAGAAUCGUCAUAUUGUAUUGCGUGGAAACCCAGUGAGAUGAAAGGGGUGUCUUUUAGCAAACUUUUGGAAAUUCCAAACAAAAAUAAAGCAACCAUACUUACAGAUAAUUUUCUCCCAAUGAAGUGUUACAAAAUUUACGUUCACAAGAUGAGUAAGAACCAGAGUACUGUGGGCACAACAAACUACUUCAAGCCUUUAUUUAGCAUAGGACCAAGAAAUCUCACAGUGAUGAAUGUUACUGUCAGCUCAGUUCUCCUGAAAUGGGAUCCAUUUGAUCUUCUUGAAUGUCAAGGAAUUUUAAAAAACUGGGUUAUCAACAGAAAAGAUCAUGCAACCAAUGUCUCAAAUGAGACUUAUGAAAGCUCAUCAGUGACUCAAUACCUUGUGGAAGGAUUACCUCAUGGGUUCAAUUACACCUUUGAGGUUAAGGGAAUUACUGUCUUUGGAGAGCAAACUGGGAGCAGUUUUAAGUCUGUAUCCAGCCCUUGGAUAGUUGAGAAUACUAAUAAGAAGCUUCUUGAAAAAACUGUGGGAAUUCUUGCUGCCUUACUGCUGGUUGCUUUCGUGUUUUCAUGGUUCAAAAUAAAACAAUGCAUUUGCAAGGACCUUCCAAAUCCCAGCAACAGUACUGCUACAACAUUCACUCCUAGUGACAAUAAAUAUAUUGUGAGCCCCCCACAUCUUGUACACUCCUGCUUUGAAGAAAAAAAUACAGAACCAUUGAUAAUCAAGACCAGUUUGAAGAGUGAAGGUAUUGAGACAACUGUGACGGAAACUGAGAUGCUGGAUCUGGUUAGCACCAAGGAGCUAUUACAUAAUGAGCUUGAAAUGACUGACAUAGAUACAGAAGUGGAGAUCGAUCUACAGUUUGAAUACAGGAAGCAAGCUGCUCCCAUUACUCCCAUAAAUGAAACAGACACUAGUACUCAUUUCUUUGAGAAAAUGAAAGCUUAUGUACCUCACAGCUCAGAAAGCUCAAAAGAAAAUGACACCCAACUAAGCCUCAAUGACAUGAACAUUUGUACUGGUGAAUUUUAGUGGAAAAGACGUUCAUUCCCUAAUUCCCUGAGCAGGAUAAACUGGUAUAUAUAUCAUGAAUAUUUCCUACUUUAUUCCAAAUCAUUUAUUUCUUAGAAAUUUACAGGUUCACAAUCCACAUAGAAAAGAAUAACUUCAUGUGGUUUUAUAGGGGAAGUUCUAGCCUAUAGUUAUAGCAAUAUACAAACCGGAUUCCAAAAAA